AUGUUACCCUCUUGGUGGUACCCUUGGUUGUACCCUUGGUGGUACCCUCUUGGUGGUACCCUUCUUGGUGGUACCCGAAACCGGCGAUUUCUAGGAGCAAACACCGUCAGGUUUUCAGGUGACAGCGCAUCUCACGAUUCUGGCUACUUGUCUGUGAGGAAAGGUACAGAGAAUCCUUGGCCUCAUAAUUUUAAAGCUCAGGCCGCAAGCCCUGAGGAUGGGCCCGCCUCUGGUGGUUCACCUGUGGCCCGGCCUGUUGAGUGCAAUGAUGUGAGUUUGAGGCAGUGGUUGGAUAAUCCCGAAAGGGCAGUCGACUCCCUCGAGUGCAUUCAUAUAUUUUCGCAAAUUGUGGAUAUUGUGGAACUUGCUCAUUCGGAGAGUAUUGUGGUCCACAAUGUUAGGCCUUCCUGUUUUGUCAUGUCCUCGCUUAACCGGGUUUCUUUCAUUGAGUCAGCUUCUUGUUCGGAUACUGGUUCGGAUUCUCAAGAACACACCGGGUUUAAGGGUUCUUCCUCACCCGGGCAGCAUGACUCUGGAACCAAGUUGGGGGUGUUAGAAGAUUCUCAGCUGCCGGGGUUUAAAUCCGAAACCAGUUGCUUGCAAUCUUUUUCGGGCCGGCCCGUGCAUGCGUUAGAAGCAAGUGGGAGCGAACGGAUUGGAAAUAAUAACAUGAAGCAUUCUUUUCCAAUGAAGCAAAUUUUGCUAAUGGAAUCCCAUUGGUACACUCCACCAGAAGAGUUAUCUGGAGGUGUUGCUACUUGUGCUUCUGAUGUUUAUCAACUUGGUGUUUUACUCUUUGAGUUGUUUUGCACUUCUAGCUCCCUGGAGGAGAAAAGCUCAACUAUGGCAAGCCUGAAACAUCGUGUACUACCUCCGCAUUUGCUUCUCAAGUGGCCUAAAGAAGCUUCUUUUUGCUUGUGGCUGCUGCAUCCCGACCCAAGUAGUCGGCCCAAAGUGGGUGAGCUGCUGCAGAGUGAGUUCUUGAACGAGCCAAGGAAUGAUCUUGAGGAAAGGGAAGCCGCCAUUGAGCUUCGUGAAAAGAUAGAGGAGCAGGAUUUACUACUCGAAUUCCUCUUCACACUUCAGCAGAAAAAACAGGAGGCAGCCGACAGCUUGCAUGAGACCAUAUCGUGUAUAUCCUCCGAUAUAGAAGAAGCGACAAAGCUCCAGACAGCCCUCAGGGGCAAAGGCAUUUUGCGAUUGGACUUGGCCAAUGACUCAUCUCGAAAUCCCCACCUGAGGGACGAAGGUAACCCUGUCUUCUCGGGUUCAAGAAAGCGAACCAGGUCAGACCAUGAUGUUUUCACUGGCCCGGACGAGUCCUCUGACGAACCUGAAGAUGGACAUUGCCCAGAAAGUAAUCUCCCCCAGGAUUCCCGGCUGAUGAAAAAUUUCCGGAAAGUAGAAUCAGCUUAUUUUUUGAUGAGACGUCGGGCCGUAAAGCCCGCAGACUGGCCCAUAGGCAGAAUCUGUAGUGAUGGCAGAGGAGGGUCUAUGAAAGAAAGAAGCUCAAUCAUCAAUUUAUUCUCGAAAGAGUUGACUAAUGAGGACAAGCCAAGUGGGUGGAUCAACUCUUUCCUGGAGGGACUGUGCAAGUAUCUGGCUUUUAGUAAGCUAAAAGUGAAGGCGGAUUUGAAGCAAGGGGAUCUGCUCAACUCUUCAAACCUGGUGUGCUCCCUUAGUUUCGACCGUGAUGGGGAGUUUUUCGCUACUGCAGGUGUGAACAAGAAAAUCAAGGUGUUUGAGUAUAGUUCUAUAGUAAAUGAGCACCGGGACAUCCAUUAUCCUGUUGUUGAGAUGGCUGGUAGGUCGAAGCUUAGCAGCAUAUGCUGGAAUGGCUAUAUUAAAAGCCAGAUUGCUUCAAGUAAUUUUGAAGGCGUGGUGCAGGUAUGGGACGUUACAAGAAGUCAAGCUUUCAUGGAGAUGAGAGAACAUGAACGGCGGGUGUGGUCUGUUGACUUUUCAGUGGCGGACCCCACUCUGCUGGCCAGCGGCAGUGAUGAUGGUUCUGUCAAGCUAUGGAAUAUCAAUCAGGCAAUUCUAUUUUUUGCACUUGUCAGUGUGGGUACAAUUAGGACAAAGGCCAAUGUGUGCUGUGUUCAGUUCCCCACGGACUCGGGUCGAACCUUAGCGUUUGGUUCGGCUGAUCAUAGGAUAUAUUACUACGAUCUUCGCAACUCAAAAGUUCCUCUGUGUACUCUUGUGGGGCAUAAUAAGACUGUGAGCUAUGUGAAGUUUAUUGACUCGACAACUCUUGUGUCUGCUUCGACUGAUAACACGAUAAAGCUAUGGGAUCUGUCUGUAUGUACAUCAAGAGUUCUUGAUUGUCCUGUUCAGACGUACACGGGCCACCUCAAUUUGAAGAAUUUCGUUGGCCUGUCUGUAUCUGACGGCUAUAUUGCAACUGGCUCGGAGACAAAUGAGGUUUUUGUCUACCACAAAGCCCUCCCAAUGCCGGCAGUGUCCUUUAAAUUCAAUAGCACCGAUCCAUUUUCUGGUGAUGAAGUGGACGACACUUCACAGUUCAUCUCGUCUGUUUGUUGGCGUGGUCAAUCAACCACCUUAGUGGCUGCAAAUUCCAUGGGAAAUGUUAAGCUUCUGGAGAUGGCUUAG